AUGACCUAUAGGGCCCUGCACGGUGUAGCUCCAACUUACAUCAGUGAUCUUCUUCUUCCUUAUCGCCCCAGCAGGUCCCUGAGGUCUUGUGACCAGGAGAUUCUCCCUGAGUGUCAGCUCAAACUCAAGUCAAACCUGAAGAAGAAGUUCCAGAGUGUGUUUGAGGGGAUCGCUAAAGCAGGAAACCCAACCCUUCUGAAUGAGAUCUACACAGAGCUCUACAUCACAGAGGGAGGGACUGCAGAGGUCAAUGAUGAACAUGAGGUCAGACAGAUUGAAACAGCAUCCAGGAAACCAGACAGACCAGAAACAACAAUCAGACAAGAAGACAUCUUUAAACUCCCACCUGGAAGAAAAGCACCAGUAAGAACAGUGCUGACAAUGGGAGUGGCUGGCAUUGGGAAAACAGUCCUAACACAGAAGUUCACUCUGGACUGGGCUGAAGACAAAGCCAACCAGGACAUCCAGUUCAUGUUUCCAUUCACUUUCAGAGAGCUGAAUCUGCUGAAAGAGGAAAAGUUAAGCUUGGUGGAACUUGUUCAUCACUUCUUUACUGAAACCAAAGAAGCAGGAAUCUGCAGCUUUGAAGACUUCCAGGUUGUGUUCAUCUUUGAUGGUCUGGAUGAGUGUCGACCUCCUCUCAACUUCAACAAAACUACAAUCCUGACUGAUGUUACAGAGUCCACCUCAGUGGAUGUGCUGCUGAUAAACCUCAUCAGGGGGAAACUGCUUCCCUCUGCUCGCCUCUGGAUAACCACACGACCUGCAGCAGCCAAUCAGAUCCCUCCUGACUGUGUUAGCAUGGUGACAGAGGUCAGAGGGUUCUCUGACCCACAGAAGGAGGAGUACUUCAGGAAGAGAUUCAGAGAUGAGGAGCAGGCCAGCAGGAUCAUCUCCCACAUCAAGACCUCACGAAGCCUCCACAUCAUGUGCCACAUCCCAGUCUUCUGCUGGAUCACUGCUACAGUUCUGGAGGAUGUGCUGGAAACCAGAGAGGGAGGACAGCUGCCUAAGACCCUGACUGAGAUGUACAUCCACUUCCUGGUGGUUCAGGCCAAAGUGAAGAAGGUCAAGUAUGAUGGAGGAGCUGAGACAGAUCCACACUGGAGUCCAGAGAGCAGGAAGAUGAAUGAGUCUCUGGGAAAACUGGCUUUUGAUCAGCUGCAGAAAGGAAACUGUGACAUCAACCUACUGGAAGACAAAACACAUUGGAUUUUUAAAACUUUGAGAAACAAAUCUGCAGAGACGUAUUUCUACAAGAGUGCUGUGGACAAGGCCUUAGAGAGUCCAAAUGGACACCUGGACUUGUUCCUUCGCUUCCUCCUGGGUCUUUCACUGCAGACCAAUCAGAAUCUCCUACGCAUGCUGACACAGACAGGAAGUAGCUCACAGACCAAUCAGGAAACAAUCCAGUACAUAAAGAAGAAGCUCAGUGGGAAUCUGUCUGCAGAGCAAAGCAUCAAUCUGCUCCACUGUCUGAAUGAGCUGGAUUAUCGUUCUCUAGUGGAGGAGAUCCAACAGUCCCUGAGUUCAGGACGUCUCUCCACAGAUCAACUGUCUCCUGCUCAGUGGUCGGCUCUGGUCUUCAUCUUACUGUCAUCAGAUCUGGAUGAGUUUGACCUGAAGAAAUACUCUUGUUCAGAGAAGGCAUUUUUCAAGCUGCUGCCAGUGGUCAAAGCAUCCAAGAAAGUGCUGUAG